AUGACAAUUUUUUUGUGCAUUAUUGCAUUCUUCUCAGAUCUUAUUAUUGCCGAUAAAUUGAAUCUUGCAAAACGAGACUUUGAAGGAAAAAUUUCAUACACCGAUUUUGAAAAUACUGCAUGCGGAAUUAAUACGAACGACAAGUAUGUUUGUGCAGUAUCUGGCGAUAUAUUCAAUAAGACGUCGUUAUGCAAUAGCCUAAUUCAAGUAGAUUAUGGUCUGAAUUCAGUCAAUGUCACGGUUGUGGAUUCAUGUGAAGAUUGUAAUUAUAAUGAUCUUACUUUAAGUCAGGCAGCAUUUCAAGUACUCGCUGACCUUUCGGCGGGAGUCAUAAAUGGCACUUGGAAUUUCGUGCCAACAUCACCAUCACAAUGA